AUGAAUUCUUUGCUAAGGAUACCCCGUUUUGCUUUAAAAUGGGGUAGUAUACGACCAAUACUACCUAAAAAGAUACCAAAUUUCCCACGAUUCAAUUCAUCAACUAGAUCAUCAUUAACUAUUCCAACAUUAUCACCAUCAUUACUAGAACGAGCUCAAACAAUACAACAAGAACAUAAAGAAUUAAGUGAAAAAUUAGCUGAUAAGUAUAUUCCUGAUUUACAAGUGAAAUUUGAUAAUUAUACUAAUAUCUUAUCCAUGUUUGGGAAAUUAGAAACUUUAACCCAAGAAUAUAUUGAAUUGACAGAAAUUACUGAUGAUCCCGGUUUAUAUAAAGAAGCUCAAGAAGAACUUAAAUCUAUUGUUAUUCCACAAAUUGAGAAAUUAGUAUCUGAAUUAACUGUAAAAUUGCGUCCUCCAGUGAAAUAUGCGGAUAAAGGUUGUAUAAUUGAAUUACGUCCUGGAGUAGGAGGGAAUGAAGCUAGUUUAUUUACAGGGGAUUUAUUAAAUAUGUAUAUAAAUUUUGCUUCAGAAAUGAACUGGAAAUAUAAAAUCAUUUCUGAGGGGAAGAAUUCUUCUGGAUUUAUAAAUGAAGCAAUUCUCAGUAUUGAUACAUUAGGUAGUUAUGAUAUUAUGCGUCAUGAGAGUGGUGUUCAUCGAGUGCAAAGAAUCCCUGAAACUGAAACUAAAGGUCGAGUUCAUACUUCAACAUCAGCAGUUGUUGUAUUACCAAAAUUAUCUGAGGGGAAUGAAUCUUCAUUAAAAGAUGAUGAAAGAGUAUUUGCUCCUGGUGAAGUAAGAAUAGAUACAAUGAGAGCAGGAGGGAAAGGUGGUCAACAUGUUAAUACUACUGAUUCGGCCGUUAGAUUGGUUCAUAUCCCGACGGGGAUGAUUGUUAUCCAACAAGAUGAAAGAUCACAACCAUUGAAUAAGGCCAAAGCUUUUGCUAUUUUAAGAAGUCGUCUUGCUCAAAAAGAACAAGAAGAAGAAAUAUUAAGACAAAAGAAAUUACGUACAGAUCAAGUUUCUAGUACUGAUCGAAGUGAUAAAAUUAAAACUUAUAAUUAUAAAGAAAAUAGAGUAACCGAUCAUAGAAUCAAUUAUAGUAUGCAUGAUCUUCAAGGGGUUUUAGAAGGUAGAAAACUUGGACAAUUGAUUGAUACUUAUAGAUUUCAAUGA